CGCCUUAGCCUCCCAAACUGUUGGGAUUACAGGCGUGAGCCACUGCGUCCGGCCGAAAACAAAGUAUUUUAAAUACAGAGAAGAGUGAUCCAUGGAGACUGAGUGCCUAAGAGACGCUCGCCCACCUGAAUGGGACCAGUGUUGCCCAGGUCAUCGUGAGUGAAUCAUCCAGGACAAAACAUGCCGUGACUCUCCUCAGCAUCAGGCCACGUCCUCAGAGCACACCCACCCGGUCAGCCAGGGCCUCCACUUGCCAUUUCCAGGGCUCCUUUUCCCAUCCAUAUCUCCAAGGCCGCCAGGCUGACGGAGGCAGGUGCUGCACCAGCCAUGAGGCCCCAAGGUUAAGUCAAACAGGCCAUGCCAGCUGUUACCUGUCACCCCUCCAGCAUCUCCAUCGGCAUGCAAUUCAUCUAGAGGAGCAGCUUUCCUUCAAGAAGACACCCGGAGGAGGAAGGAGGAGGACUUUCCCUCAGACAGCCAGACCCUGCCAUUUCUCCUGCCUAGCUUGAAAGAAGUGAUGUGAGCCUAAGACCCUGAAGUGGCAACAAGCAGAGCGGGGCGGCCAGCUCGGGCCCAGCCCCAGCCCCAGCCCCAGCCGCUCCUGGCUGACACCUCGCCCUAACACAGGGGAGGCAGGCCACACUGAAGACUCCACCUCAGGCUGGAAAUGCACCGCCGUGUGUGAGGACUGCUUUGAACUUCCCUCUUCUGGAUGUCUGCGGACAUCUUCCUGCUGGCUGACUCGUAACUCCAUCGGGGGGAUGCCCAGGGCUGGGAGGGAAGGGUCCAGCCCAAACCAGUUCAAGAAGGAAGCUCCCCUGCUGGGGGGCUUCCUCCAGCUGGAGCCUGGCCAGUGGGGGCCAACAGUUCCUGGCACAGGCUUUCUGAAGGAAAUGCUGCUACUUCCAGUAAACCUGAGGGCAGAGCUGGUGGACAGUUCAGGGAGCCGAGGGGAGAGCUGGUGGACAGUUCAGGGAGCCGAGGGGAGAGCUGGUGGACAGUUCAGGGAGCCGAGGGCAGAGCUGGUGGACAGUUCAGGGAGCCGAGGGCAGAGCUGGUGGACAGUUCAGGGAGCCGAGGGGAGAGCUGGUGGACAGUUCAGGGAGACGUGCACCUGGGGUCGCUGAGGAGCGGGACAGUGGUGUUGGAGGAGCGGCAGUCUCAGACACAGAAAGGGAAGGAACUUUUCUUGAGUACCUAUUAUGUGCCAAGCCCCUUCCGAGAGUUAACUCAUUUAAUCCUCACAGCGACCCUGAGAGGAGGAAUUGUUAUCCACAAAUCCAGAUGUGGCUCAAAGGGGUUCAACAGCUUGCCUGAGGGUGCAGAACCAGGAAAUGACCGAGUUGAGGUUUGAACCCAGACCUGAUUCCAGAGCCCCUGCUCCGUCCACCAUGCUCACCCCAGACUGAGUUGGCUGUGGUUCUUCUCCCUCCCUGGAGGUCUUUAUGAACAGAAGCGGGUGAGAUAUGGUGGGAGAUGUAGGACAGGGUUGGCCCCUCCAGGGAAGGAGCCUGCUAAGUUCUUUCCUGGGCUGACCUGUGAGUCAGAGGCCACGGGGCCUGGGGCCGUCCGAACUUGCAGGCUGACCCUUACCUUGCAAGGAACCAGGUGUUUUUCCACCCAGCAAGGGGUGAGUAAAAUGUUUCCAGGAGGUCAUGGUGGGGGCUGUGAUGGUCAGGGGCUGGCAUCUGGGAAAAGCUACAGGGACAGCAGGCGUGUGUUCUCUCCAGCACAGGGUGCGCCCACAACCCCUCUGCAGGGGCUCAGCCUGACGCCGGAACUUAGGAACACCAAGCCGAAGGCAACCUGUAGCCUUGGCUUGAAGCGGGAACUCCUCUUUGGGAACUGCCUUUGGGGCCGUUGUGAGCCCACCUCAGCUGUCCUCCUAACCCGUCACCCCACUUUUCACCAGAAGUGGUGGUCUCCCACGUGGUCACCCACCUGGCCCUCCAGACCUGGCCUAUGGUAAGUUUGGGCUAUUUGCACAUAUUGAGUCCCUUUCAAGGAAGGGACACAGCCCACCGAAGGGAUUCCCAAGAACGUGCUGAGGCUGGGAAGCUGGCUUCCAAAAAGUGAGUCUAAAGGGGUUUGCAGCCACCUGGAGGAGUCAGCAUUGGGUUGGCUGUGUAAGUGCUGGGAUUGCCGGGAAGCUGUUAGAAAUGAAGCUGGUGGAAUUCCCUGCCAUUUCCGGGUGACUGGGAAGAGAGGAGGCUGCUGCCUAGUGGGCCAGCUCCUGGGUUGCUGAAGGUGCCAGGGAGUGAGAGGGGGGUGUCAUGCCCCGGCUUUCUCACAGCGAGGGCUCAAGGCUUAUCAGGGCUCAAGUCCUGAGCCACAAGGCUGAGCGCUGGUUCAGCGUGGACCUUGGGCUUGCUGUUCCUAAGUUCCAGCCUGUGACCUUGGCCUACUUGCCUUCUGUAGCCCUCAGCAUUUUUGUAGGUGACAAGGGAUGGAUUAAUUCACCUUUGCCAGCUUCUCCAGGCACAGUGAGGGGGAGCAUCUGUUCCUGCUCACAGAGGAGCUUUGGGUAUUUCUCAUGGUCGUCACUCAGGAAACGCCUAGUGUAAGUUGUAAGCAGCAGGCUCCGGGCUGAGCAUUUCAUACAAGUGAUCUCCUCGCCACAAGCCUGUGAGGUAGCACUAGUACUGUCUCCAUGAUGCAGACAAGGAGAGACGAAGUGACUUGUUCAAGCCGAGAGGCAAAGAAGGGGCAGCCACGAGUCUGACCCAGAACCGGAUGUGAACUUGGCUGCAGUGGCCAUCUGCUCCUACCACCACCCUCUUUUAUUCUCAGGCCCACCCGAGACACUUUGGGGAAGGGCCUAUCCUAGAAUCACAGCCCCAAGACAGAGCAUCUGUUAUGGACCUACUGUACUCCAGGCUCUGGGGACCAUGGUAAACGAGAGAAAAUCCUCACUCCUGUGCGGUUGUUUGCUUCUUCCAGACAGAUGGUGCUCUAGGCCAACCUUCCGCAGCCAGAAGAGAUGGAGGCUGCCCGCCCUCGGCUAGAACUCAUUCAGUGAUGAAAAGUUCCCCCUGCAGCCCCUGCCUUCUGUCCCCUCCGUCCCCUCGCUGAUCCUUAUGUGGAGCUGAACUCUGUCUCACCUCAGCCUCCACUGGGGUCCGAGUCUGCCAUCUGCUACUCUUCACGUGACUCGAGAGUCAGGAGAGGCGGCACCCCAGCACCCUAUCCUGGCCCCCAAAAUACACGGAGGAAGGACAUUUCAUCUGCUUUUCUGCUCAGCUGUCACCUGCAGGGGAGGAGGGUGCUAGACGCAGGUCGUGGCCCUCAUGUGGAUGCCCACAAGCUUCAGGCAACCUGCCCAGGGUCACUGUGCUGAAGUGCGGAGAGGCCCUGGGAGGAUGAGCGGGACCCUGAAGCUCUGCUGUCCCACUUGAGGGACCCAGAGAGAUGCAGCAUGGGCCAGGGCAGACAGCAUGGCACGUAACCUGCCCAAAUGUUUGGGCUGCCUGCCUUUGUCACCAUUCCCAUACCACUGGCCCCAGUGAAUCCCCAGAGGAGAGAUAAUGGGCUGCUGUUUAAAAGAAUACAAUAAUACAGCUCGUUCAGUCACUUGUGUCAACACUCCAGCUGAAUGAGCUGCUGAAGAGCAGGCCGGCCAGCCAAGGAAGGUCAAUAUUGACUCAGGCCCUCCUCCUGGGCCCAGCUUCAGCCUGCACAGACAGUGCUGCGGUCCAGCAGCAGCUCAGGCCACACCAGCCCUCUGACCUCCGUUUACUGUACCUGGAAUCCCAACCCUUGCCUAUCCCCUCCUGCUGCACAGCACUGGGCUUUCCUGGGUGUGCGGUUAUUUCUAAGGCAAGACCUGAAGAAUGGCUUCCUGGGAGGGCUGCAAGCCAGGAACCUUCUCACUACCCCAGAUUCUCAACAGCCUCUGCACACAAAGCCCUUAACUUUCCAGACCUCUACUUCACCUCCUUAUACGCACAACACCACUGUGAGUUGGGCUGAACCUGCUGGGCCCAUUUUAAAGAAAGCAGGGAGCUGGAGAGAGGAGGAGGAGAUGAAGAAACUGAGCCUCAGAGAGAAGUAACUGUCCAAGACAUUAAGUGUGGAGCUGGGAUUCAAAGUCAGAUCUCUCCGACUCCAAACUCCAGGCUCAUCCACAAUGCCCAGUGCCCAGAGAAGUCAAAUGACCUGCCCUGGAUCACACAGGUAUGCAGAGCAGAGAUGGGACUGGAAGCUCAAGCCAGAGGCUCCCUCUGUCCCAGGCAACAGUUGAGGUUCCAGGGUCACCCAUGAACACAUGAACAUGUGUGACAUGCAGGGGAUGCUGCUGUUUCUGAUGCCCAAGCCAGAUGCUCUUCCAGAAAUGGCCCCUUUCCUUGGUCACCACAAGGUCCAGAGACCCUGAAUUAGGGUCUCUCACUGCUCGCCGUCCAAGGACCCCUACCUUUACUUUAUUCCUAUUGCUUUGCUCUAAUACCCUCUGACAAUAGCUUGCUGAACAGCCAGACUGCCCUUAAAGCUCUCCAGGAUGGGAGAAUUCGGAGUGAUUUAGCCCUUCCCAACAUAGCAGCCGGAGGCUGAUGAGGCAGUUACUCCCCACAACCGCCUUAUGAGGAAGGCAUUCGAAUUCCCAUUUUUACAGAUGAGGCCAUUUAUAAGUUCGUAGAGAAGUGAAGCAACUUGUCUAUCGAGUCAAAGGCAAAGUCUGGAUGGAUUCAAACCCCACUCUCUGUGGUUCCAAAUGUGUCUUUGGCCACUGUCCUAUAUACCAUGUAGAAUUCAUGGCAUUGCAGGCUGACUCUUAACCUUGCAUGGAAUCAGGCGUUUUUUUACCCAGUGUGGCAACCUAUGCCACACCAGCUACGAAAAUUGAGCAUGGAUACAGACCUGAGCCCCUCUGCCCCCUUCACCCAGAAAAACGAGUCAGAAAAGCCCCCACUCCCCCCAAACAAAAACAAAAACACCAGAAUGGGGCAAGAUACAGAAAAUGCAACCCUGGGAGCUCUUCAUGGCUUAGCCUCCAGUGCUCCUAGCAGCACCUGCACUCCAGAUCGGAUGCCGCCUGAGCAGGUCUGGAGACCCGGGGAAUGAGCAGUGGGCUGGGAUGUGUGGAGCGGCAGCUUCACCUGUGACUCCUGCAGGAGUCUCCCGCGGCUGCCUCCCACCCUGCCCUGCACAGCCACUGGGCCUGCCACCACCCUUCCUGUUUGGGAACCUCUUCCCCAGCAUGAAUUCCCUGCACUCUGCCGCGGUGACACCCUCACCCAGGACUGGCAUCAGACCUGAUGGCAAUCAGACCUGAAGAUGGGCCCGGGGGCAGGGCGGGCCAUUUGAGGCCUUGACGUCUGCCAGUCUACUGUUGGGCCAUGGGGCAAAGUGGUGGAAGUGACUUAACAUGCACCCACUAAGGAUCGAGAGACGGCACUUGGAAGGGACCACCUCCGCUGCCUAGCAGUACCAGGAAGGAGCCAGCCCAGGAGGGCCACCUGCCUUCCCACCGUCCCUCCCUGCCUGCUCUUCAAAAUGGGUGCAGAAGGCUCUAGGGCCGGGGGCCGCUCGCUCACUCACCUUCCGGCGCCUUCCGCCUGUUCCUCGAGACUCCUCACCCGCUCUGGACCGCUCUCUUAGGCGCUGAGGCGAGGGAAGACCUGGGACCUUCCCGGGCCAGUCCUCCGCAGGCCUGCGCGGAAACAGAUCAGAAAUGCAUUAUGGCCAGUGUAGCAAGUGUUCCCGCGGGUGUUGCGACUGGCUGGCGUCCAGGCGUUGGGAACCGCCCCGCGCCCGCCUCCCGACUGAACUCCUGGCUCAGGUGCAAGAGGCGGCAGCCUCCUUGCGGGGCUCACGGGGAGAAGGGGACGUUGGGCGCAGCACCGCUUCCGGGGCGGCCCCUCUCCCGCCGCACUCUGACCCGGCGCGGCCACCCGGGUCGCAGGCCCCACUGCUGCGCCCUCUCGGGGACGCGAAUGCCCCGCGCCAGGCGGGCGCCCGCGGAGGGAGGUCCCGCUCCAGGGGCGCGGAGCUCCAGAUGCUUACGCCCAAGGCCCCUCGCCUGGCGCCGGCUGGUCCCGAACUUCGGGGCAUGGGCACCCAGGAAGGGGGCCGCACGUGUUGGGAGGCCUGUCCUCUCGCCGCGACCCUCCAGGGCAGCCGGGGCACCCACCUGCGGAGCGGGAAGCCCAGGAACGCUCGAAGAGGGUGUGGCCUCAGGUAGGACGCGGCGGCGAACCCAGAGCGCGGGAGAAGUUACCGAGGGUCGCUGGGGCCUUGGCCAGGAGCCCCUCUGCCCGAGGGGCGCCCCGCUGCCUAACUCCUCUCCACCUGCUUGCCCCCAGCUCCCGCCCGCCCUUCGCCUCCGGGCCCUGGGGCCACUGCCGCGGGGACCUGCCUGCGGCUCCACGGCCUGGUGGCCGCCUCGCGGAGACCCGACCCGGAGAACCAGCUGGGUGCCGGCUGUGUGUAAUCACCUGGCUCACUGGCAUCGCAGAUGCACGCUCCAGAGCCGCGGGCCGACUCUCCUUUGUCGCGGGGCCGCGUGUGCCCACCCACACAUCCUGGAGAGCCCACGCGGAAGUCCGAAAACCUGUCACCUUGGAUGAUCUGUCCCAUGUGGACAGGGCCCCAAGACUGUGCUGAGGUAGCCCCUUGCGCAGGCAGGAAAGUGGGAUUUAAGGGAUUCGAGUUCCCUUGUCAGACCUUGCGCAGUCCUGAGUCCUGAGGACUUUCUAGCCUGACAGUCCUAGGGCAGGAGACCCGCACUCCAGACGGCUGGGGCCUGUUCCGGAGCUCUCCGCCUGUGAUUUUGUUCCAGAGUCGGCAUCCCCUGCUUGUCCUCAGCAGUCUCUGCCUAAGAUCAGAAUGGCCAUUCCAAGGGGCUCACUCCUGGCUGCCCCCGUGCCAUGUUUCUUUUGGGGUAGCGGGUGUUUUCUAUAUUGGGGGAAGGGACAGGGAUCACCUGUCUCUUCCCCAAAUAAAGAAGUGAGAAGACCUUU